AUAAAAAACAAAAGAAGAAGAAGAAGAAGCUUCGCAGCGCUCGCCUGCUUUGACACUGCAGCGUCUCUACGUCAGGGUCGGACUCGGAGUCAACCUCUCUCCCAGUUUCCAGUUUUUAACACUACUCCCAAGUGUCACUCUGUCAGCUCUGCCAGAAUGGUUGCGCUUUCUAAGGAGUACGGCUACGUUGUGCUGACUGGUGUUGCCAGCAUGAUCAUGAUUGGACACCUGGCCAUCAAAGUGGGAAAAGCCCGGAAGAAGUACAAAGUGCUGUACCCAAAAAUGUACAGCGAUGAUCCAGAACAUGGACACAUCUUCAACUGCAUCCAGCGCGCGCACCAGAACACGCUGGAGGUUUACGCCCCCUUUCUCUUCUGCCUGGCAGUUGGUGGUUUGCAUUGCCCCCGUCUGGCGAGUGGGUUAGGAGCCGUGUGGAUCGUUAGCAGAGUGGUGUACGCACAUGGAUACUCCACUGGAGAUCCCAAGAAGAGGAUGAGGGGUGCGUUUGGCAACGUUGCCCUGUUGGGGCUGAUGCUGACCACUCUGAGCUACGGGGGCCACCUGCUGGGCUGGGCGGGACCGGCGCGCCCGCGGCUGUUCCAGAAAUGAUUUAGAUUUGCUGAUGUCGGCAAUCAGAAUCAUGUUUUAUGGCGACUGCUCGUAGCGUAUCCGCUCAGCUCUGACCUGCUUAACUGGUUGUGUUAAAGUUGGAAAGUAAUCCGACUGGUUUUUUUUUCUAGAUGCAGCCACUCCCACUUCAGAUGAUUUCACCUGCAUUAACGUAAAAGCUGGACCCUCGUUAUGGAGAAUUGUGGCUUUUAUUGUGUAAUUUUUGCACUGAAAAUGAUCAGUCAGUUUCAACACGACUUCCAUCUGUUUGCAUUAAGCCUACAUGAUAUACACGUUCUUACUGUCAUGAUUGCCUGAAGCCAGACGUUAAUUCUGGCCUUUGUAUAUUAAAAAUCUGUACACUUCUA